UCGGAAAUAUUCGAAGUGAUAAUGAAGCUGGAAAUAAAGUUAAAAACAUACCGUUGGCUGUAAUUUUUCUUCCUAUAUUAUGGAUAAAGUGGAAGAAUAUAGUCAAUUUGUAUCUCCAAAAAAAGAUCACCCUCAUCGCCUGGUACGAGUGACACCUCCACUUUGUCAUGUUGUAUCUUAUGCCACUGGUGGUAUAACUGCUCUCUAUAAGAAACUUCAGGACCAUAGCUACACGUCUGAUCAGCAUGAACCUGGUGAUUUCACGGACGACCAGGGUGCGUUCCUUCCAAGACCUGACAUGCCCCUUAUUGCCUUCCGUUAUCAAUAUGUGGACACGAUCGGGGAAGGACAGUCAUGCAUGUUCAUCAAGGCAAGGGACACAUUCCAAGAUGAUGCGUUGAUUGCCAUCAAAGUGCUGCACACGACCUACAUGCAGCUUGGUGCUCAGGAAAUGGAUUGUAUUCGGCGCAUCAAUCUCGCUGAUCCGUACGGGACAUCCUCCACUCUCAGAUUACAUAAUGUGUUUAUGUUUGACAAUCAUUACUGUAUGGUAUUCGAUCUCCUCCAUCCACGACCGCUCACUGAUUACUUCAAGGAAGUCACUGAGAGAAAGGCCCUACGCUCCAUCCGACUGGUCGCCUUCAAGCUCUUACAAGUGCUCGGCUUCCUCAAGAAGCAGAAUGUCAUCCACGCUGAUCUUAAGCCUGAGAAUGUUCUGUUGGAGGAAGAGGGGGAUAUGCUGUCGUUGAAGGUUGUGGACUUUGGCAAUGCCAUCCAUUGUGUUCACGAUGAAGUCUCUCUUUACUAUGAUGACUUUGAGCUUCAGACGCUGCUCUACAGAGCUCCAGAGGUCAUGUUUGGUACACAGUUCUCCACAGAGAUUGACAUGUGGUCCCUUGGUUGUAUCCUUGCCGAACUCUACAUGAAGCGAGCUAUUUUCUUUGGCAGGAACAAGAAAGAAAUUCUCCAGCAGACUGUCCAAGUGCUUGGUCCAUUCCCUUGCAAUCUCUUCCAAAUGGGCAAGUUCUAUACUCAAAACAAACAGUUCACAGGGAGUUCGCCACAAAAGGAUGCUACGUAUGCCUUGAUGACGCGGAUGAACGUCACCCAUGACUACCACUUUGCAAACUUCAUCUCUGGGAUGCUCAAGUUUGACACAAAGGAAAGAAUGACACCAGCCCAAGCAGCCAGACAUCCCUUUCUCGCCUCGGUGUGUGGAUUCCGCCACCUGACUGAGGACAUGACGGAUAACUACGACCCCAUCACGCUCAAUCGAAACACGUAUAAAUCUUCGCCAGCCAUUGCCCACGAAGUCGUCCAAAAACAUUUGUCUUCGAAAGCAUUACUUAAAGAGGGCACAAAAACUCACCUCAUUUCAAGGAAACGAGGUGAUGACUCAUCUAUGAAACAAGUAGCUGAGGUUGUUCCGGUGAAACGGACUUGUAAAGGUGGAAAAAGUCGCUAUGAAGCUGUCGCAUCUAGCUCAGGAUUAGGUUACGAUGAAUUAGAUGGAAUUCCUGGCAUCACGGUUCAGCGCACAUUGACGGAUAUCAUGAAUAUGAUACAUGAUGAAGAGGAUCAAAUUGAGGAGAAAAUGGAGUUAUCGCACUCUGCUGGUCAGAGGGAUUCAUCGCCAUUCAGACACCAGUGGAAAGUGCCUGUGCGUAUUCUGGAGAACAAAUGUCAGAAAAGCCCAGAAGUGGCGCCGUUUGGUGAUAGGUUAAUGGUGAUGCGUAUGCAGAGGCUACAACAACAGUCUAAUAAGAGAUCUCGGACGAGUCAAUCACGGGAUACCAAAGGCGAUGCUUUCAGUAUAGGUGGAAGUUCUGAUUGGACAGAAGGGAGUGUUGUCGAUUCUACAGCCAGCAGUCGGUUGGGGUUUUCCGACUCUGGUCGUCACACGCGCGAUCAUCGGGAAAGAUUUUCCCAUGAAAAUAGGAAUAAUUGCAAACGUCGCCAAAGCUUCAAUGACGUGCAGGUGAAUACUGGUGCUCCAGAAAGAGACUCUGAGUCACAGGAAGUAAUUGAGAUUAAAACUGAACCGGUGGAUCCAGCAGAAACAAAGGAAAAUGUGGUAAAGGACGACGACUAUCGCCUGCCGACUUUAUUAUUGUCCCCGUCUGCCCGACCAUUGCGACCUCCGAAGAAAAGCAUGUUUAGUGAGUCUCCUAGUCAUGCUGGCGAGUCUGAUUUAGCACAGUCUCGUGGUAGAAGUUAUCAGUUAGAUACUCACAAGCAAAGGAUACUUUCCAGACAAAAUAUGUUAGACAGUGAUAGGACUAGUUCCAGUUAUCAUGGUGCUCAAAGUUUGGAUACUGGUAAAAGUUCUGGGUGGACUGACAGGAGUGAAAAGGAUUUUGAUCAAAGAAGGACUUUGAAUAAAUUUUUUGAAAAUGAUAAAGGUGCUUUCAAGAGAACUAAAAACAGCUCUCUUGAUCGUCAGUGUGAAAAUUCCUCCUCGGUUGAAAACAAAGACAUCCUAAUUCCUAAGAAAGGUGUGCUGGAUAAGUUAGUUUCUAAUUUGAAGAAGUCGCAGACGGUUGGUCGGAACUCUGAUGAAUUUCAAUUGGAAAGUGGUGGUCUGUCAUACUCUUGUCCGUCUCAGGGAAGUCGUCACGGCCGAGGAUCGGUACAUGACCGGAGAACUGAAUCAAGAAAGGAUGACAAAAACUUUUCUCAUGGCAGGAAAGAAGUAGUUUUACAAACUGCUUCAGGUAUAAGGUUUCGUGAAAGUAGUUUAGAUCGUGACCAAAGACAGCUUGAAUCUCAGGAGAAGCAUCGGUCGCGUCAUAAAUCAGUGACCGAGGUUGACCAGAGGAUACUGCCUCCUAGUGACAUUCCUUCUGAACGCACGAGCCUUGGACCUGAAUUGGCCCAAAGCCCAACAGAAAAGAAAGAGUGGUAUGAUUUCAUUGCUGCUCCUGAAGACAAGAGAAAACAUCUGUUCUCAAAGCAGACAUCUGACAGGAUAUCAAAACACUCGCAUGACAGAUCGCCUCGUUUGAAUCUGCUGAGUCCUGUCAAUUUUGAUAAUCGCCAUGGUGACAUAUCAUCAAAAGGAAAGAAAAGAACGCGUGAACAAGUGGAAGAUGAUCCCAAUAGUCGCACUAACAAAAUCACAAAAACUGCUCGGAGGCAGUUGAUGACAGUUUUAGAUACGCCUGGGUCUCCACGACGGAAAGAAAUUGAAAUGCGCUAUUCUGAUAUUCCCGAUCAUGUCAGAGUACGAGGAAAACAGCAAUCAUUGUGUAUGUCGUCUGGCGAAUCGCGAAUCAGUUGCUCAUCAGUUUCACCUUCGAUGAGGAAACACUACGCCAAGACUAAAAAGGAAGCCAUCUUUCAGGAGUCAAAAUCAGAAGGCGUUGAAAGAGUAGGCAAUACUUCGGCUAAUCGCAGAUCAAAUCAACCAACAGUUUCAUUAUCGCAAACACCUCCAAGAUCUUCAAAAAGAUCUCGGGAUCAGUUUGAUAACUGCCAACAAUCAUCACAGCAUAAUAGGCAGAGAGUUAUUCAAAGUAACCAUCGAGGAAGUGUCCCUCAGAUAUUAUCUCCACUGACAGGAGAUGGGUAUAAGUUCGACUCUGAUUCAGAAAUAGAGGAAGAGAGUACAUAUGACAGAAGCUCCCCUGCAAGGACUAGCAAGUUACCUUCUCACAGAGAUGGUUCACAAGACUGUAGUCCUGGGAGGUAUCAAGAUACACAUCACGACUCAGAUGAUAAUCAUUCAAACGCUGGUUCUAAUGUGUCUAAAGCAUUUCGAGUUUCACCGAAGCAAGUGACGCGGCCAACAUCAAGGUGUGCGUCACCUGUCGAGGAGUGGCAUUCACCAAGACACUUCUCUCAACCAGCUACUAAAAAGACUACCCCUGUUUACAGUACUGGCAAAAGACGGCCAGUAACUUCAACUGCAACUGCUGACAGAGCUCAGAAUUCAAAUCGGCAGUCCAGGGCACACCCUGUACCUGCUGCUAGUAAACAUUCUUCAGGGUCUUUCCUUGACAGUCCUGUAACCUCUGAUGAAGAAGGCACUUUUAACGGAGGAAAGAAGCCUAUGGUUGACACAUCCAUUCGAGGAAAACCAGUAAAGCCAGGUGCAACUAGUUUAGUGAGUGAUACGGUGUUGGGGCCCGAGGAUGAGGGAGGACACCGGGUUACACCCAGCUUAAAACAGAGUUGUUUACGUCUUCAACAACAGCAGCGUAUUGUCCAAAAAAAACCUCUGCCACAGACAUCAAAUAAAUCUCAUGAUCCGUCACAAAUUCGACAUAAAGCACCAGACAUUAAUCGGAAUUACAAGAAUCCAGUGUCACGGGAUUCGUCUGCAGAGAGUCUAGGACGAACGCCUUUCACAAAUGGUGGAGUAGCUCAGAGAAAUUCAAAAGGCAAAACUGAAAAUCCAAAUGACAUCAAUCACAAUUACAGAAAGCCAUUUUCACGGGACCCGUCUGCAGAAAGUCAGGGACGCAAGUUGAUCGUGAAUGCUGGUCAAAGGAACUCAAAUAAUCGAAAGGAAAGUCCUGUUGCUAGCACAAGUACUGAUAGAAACCAGAGUCAGAAUAACGGCCGAUCGCGACCGACUGUGAGUGGAAACUCCCGGGAUAGGCUCCUCUCUGACUCCUCUCCUAGUCCCUCCCCAGGAAGGACGAGAGCAGAGAGUAAGGCUGGUGAGCAGGAGGAGAAUGAGGAUGCCGUGUCUGCCACCGGAAGACCACAGCGCAAGUGUCGUGCAAAGAAAAAGGUGACAUUUGAUGCGUCUGAUGACAGCAUUGGAAGUCUUGAGGAUUCGUUUGAUCCUAGCUAUGAUGGAGGGGAUAAUGAAACUGAAGAUGACAUCACACCUCCAGCUAAAAAGGCUUCAGCCUUGCCUACUUUGCAGAAACGAGCCACAAGAAAACGUACCCCUGUGAAAUCCAAGAAUGCUCCGAAUGGAAUGCUUCGAGACACGAGGGCCAGUGAUGUGCCGUACUACUCAAGCCGCGUGAACUACAAUGAACAGGAAGAAGAGGAGGAGGAGGACUAUAAUCCCUAUGGUUAUGCUGGCAAGCCCAAGAAUCUAAUAGAAAGAAAUGAUUACAGGUCUGGCCAGGGGUCUUUUGAAGCUGAUGGCUGUGUCCUCCUUAAUUUGUAGACUGACUGUUGGUUGUAUGUCAAAGAUCUAACUUGAAUAUUCAAGUCAAAUAUUCAUUGGUGCUGCAUGACUGUUUCAAGGAACUUAUGUUAAUGAUCUUGUUCAAGGGAAGUGGUUUUUCGGAAAAUGGUAAGAUUUUUUGCGAGUGUUAAUAUGCUCAAAGACUAUACUCUAGGAUAAGGAUUCUACUGUGCUACAUUUGUUUAGUCAGGAUAAGGACCAUGUGAAGAUAAUGUACAUGUAAACACUCAGAACACUCAGAACACUUAUGUGGAUGCAAGAAUAAAAAAACUGCUAGACUGGGAAAAGUUAGGCAUUGUUUGUUUGUUUGUACUUCACUGCCUCCCUGAUUUCAACCACUUCAGUCCGAUAUCAACAAUGUUUUGUAACCUGUUUUCUCUGUCUUUGCCGAUUGGAAAAAUACUCAAGUCUCACUUGUAAAGUCGAGAUUGGUUCCCUUCUUUCUGUUAUGUGUUUCUCACCAUUGUUAGUCCUUGUUUGUACCAGUCCUGGUAUUUGACCUGUCUGUUAUUGAGUCUCGUUUUUUAGACCUGUUCAAGUUUUAUUCCAGGUUCAACACCGAGAUUUAAGUUUGUCCGAUAACUACAUGGGGUAUGACUUGAAUGCAUUCUCACUUUAGGGUAUGUUUUGGAUCUCUAUACAUGCGACCAAAUGAGAACAUGUCCUGGAGUCUAUCUGAGCUAUGCACAAUGGCAUGUUACCACAUUGGACAUCAUGAUCAGUGUGUCUUGCCAUAUUCACCCUAUGUGGCCUUACAUGUGCAACAAGCCUAAAACUUUGAAACUGUGCUAACUUCAUAUGUUACUAUUUUUAUACAUCGAUAACAAUUGUUUGCAAUGUCUUUCUAUGUCAACAAUGACUCCAGUUGUUCUGGCUGCCUUCAUAUGAACAACAAGUUCACCUCACCAUUUCAGUUGUUGCAACUUCACAUUUGUAUGCAUUUAUCUGUUGACUAUUGUCUCUCAUUUUAAUUCACUGUUGUAUUCAAAUAUCUUUUGUACAUGCAUUCUUUCUCUAUUCAAGAAAAAGUGCAUGUAUUGUAGCCAGCCCUAAAAGACCCCCUCCCCCUGGAUGUAACUACGUGUAUAUUUACCUGUACAUUUUUGGGUCGUCUGAAAAUCCAGAUAUCCUGCAUUGUUCCUCCACAUCCAGUUUGUGUCCAUAGACAUUUAGUGACAAAAUAAAAUGAGCGUUCUGUGUUCUGAUCAAAAGCUACCUCACCAUCACUGAAAUGUGUAGAAUCAGAAAAAGGAGCAUCAGGUAUACCUACUCCUUGUGGUAUUAACUUCUUUGGCUGAAAGAAAACAUGUUGAGACCAGUGGUACAUGGAAAAUCUGUCCUGUGCUGUAGAAUUCUCGAUUAUCGAGACCAAAUAUGCAAGUUUUGAUAUAUCUGUAUAUAAUAGACUGUAACUUUACAAUUUGGAUGAAUUCAUUUUGCUUUUACAUGUACAUGUAGAUAGAAUAUUGAUUGCUGGUUGUAUAUUUUGU